AUGGAAGCUGGAACUUCUGAGGUUGAUAAUGAACAUGAUGGCACAAUUGUUGUUAGGGUGGAUCUCACAAAGGUCUUUACUACUGAUAAAGCUUUUGCAUCCCACACUGAUCUUAUUGAUUGGGCUCGCUGUGUAGGUAAAGAGAAUGGUUAUGUUGUUAUUGUGAUUAGGUCUGACUACGGAUCUGCAAAAAGGAAGCCUUUGAUAACAUUGGGAUGUGAACGUGGUGGGAAGUACAAACCAGCGGCUAAAGUGUUAAAACGCAGUCAAACUGGAACAAAAAAAUCUGAUUGCCCUUUCAGGCUAAGAGCAAGGCCUGGCGGCGUUGAUGGGCGAUGGAAGGUGAUAGUUCAUUCUGGGAUUCACAACCAUGAUUCAGCUGAAACAUUACAAGGUCACUCUUUUGUUGGUCGUCUAAAUCCUGAUGAAAAGGUCAUGGUGGGAAGUAUGAUUGAGAAAAGGGUUAAGCCAAGCGACAUGUUGAUUGCACUAAGGGAGAAAAACCCCAACAAUCUGACUCGAAUCAAACAAAUCUACAAUGAGAAGCAAGCCUACAAUAGGAUUAAGAGGGGACCUUUUUCGGAGAUUCAACACUUGAUGAAGUUGUUGGAAGGUGACAAAUACGCAUAUUGGUCUAGGGUUGAGGGUGGUUCUAAUGUGAUUAAAUCUCUGUUCUUUGCUCACCCUGAUUCUAUUCAUCUUUUUAAUGAAUUUCCUACUGUGGUGCUUAUGGACAGUACAUACAAGACCAACAGGUACAGAAUUCCUUUACUUGAAAUGGUUGGGGUGACAUCAACUAAUUUGACAUACUCUAUUGCCUUUGCUUACAUGGCGAAUGAGCGCACAGAUGAGGUGUUAUGGGCAUUAAAUAGGUUGAAAGGGUUGAUUGUGAAGGAAGAAAAUCUUCCUAAGGUAAUUGUCACUGACAAGGACACUGUUUUAAUGAAAGUCAUGGAAGACGUGUUCCCCGCAGCUCGCCAUUUGUUGUGCCAAUUUCACGUUUCAAAGAGUGUGACCGGGAAGUUGAAGACACUUAUUCAGUCGAUAGAAACCCGUGUAUUUAUUACUGAUAUCUGGAAUCGGUUGAUGCAUGCUAACAGUGAGGCUGACUACCUUAAGGAGGUUGCAGCGAUGCAGGUGAAUGCAUGUAACUUAUGGCCAUACCUUGAAACCAAUUGGUUGCCGUUGAGACAUAAAUUUGUGAAGUUCGAGAUUGAUACCUGCAUGCAUAUGGGGUGCACAACAACAAACAGAGUUGAAGGUGCGCAUUCAAAGUUGAAGAAGCUUCUUUCAGAUAGCCUAGGUGACUUGGUUAAAGCUUGGACUGCUGUCAACAAGCUUCUUAUCAUGCAGCAUGACAAGAUUAAAGAAUCAUACCAGCUCAGCAUUUUUGUCACCGAGCAUACUCUCAAUGAUGUGUUUUAUAAGGAUUUGCGAGGCUUUGUUUCUAGAGCAGCAUUGCAUAUGAUUGCUAGAGAGAGGAAACAAAUCGGUAGGCCUCGUGUUGAUGGUUUAUAUUGCGGUUGUGCGAUUAGAAGAACCCAUGGACUACCAUGUGCCUGUGAACUUCAGAAGUUAACUUUUGUCCCAUUACUUGCGGUACAUGCCCAUUGGAGGAAAUUGAAUUGGGAUUGUUCAGACCCUGCCAUUGAUCCUGAGUUGGGCGUCAGUUUUGAGUCUGAACUUGAAGCUUUAAAAGUUAAAUUUGACGGAUCUUCUGCGGCAGUGAGGAAGUCCAUCAUUGAUAGCAUUAGAAUGAUUUCUUUCCCGGAAAGGACUUCCAUGUGUCCUCCUCCAAAGAAGGUCCCAACUAAGGGUAGGCAAAAAGGCUCUUCGAAAAAGGUCACAGCAAAGAGUAUCAAAGUACCUAGUCAGCGCUCUACAAAACGUAUGGCGUCUCGUUGGGAGCGUAUUGAUGUACAAUAUCCGGGCUCUUGGGAAGGUAGCAACUCCACACCAAAUACUAGUCAGCGCUCUACAAGCCGAAUGAAGAAUCAAAGCCUCCGCCCAAGCAUGUUGAGACAAAUCCCCGAAGAGUUUCAUCCAUUCAUUGAUUCCUUGGUUCAUGUAGAGGGAGACGGACAUUGCGGAUUUAGAUGUGUUGCUGCAAUGUUGGAUAUGGGAGAAGACAAAUGGGCGAUUGUUCGUCGGACUCUGAUCCAGGAACUUGACACUGAAUUUGACAUGUACUGUUCAAUAUUUGGGAUAGCUGAGGCAAAUGAGAUACGUUGUGCUUUACAUGUCACUUCAGACGGGCCAGUAGGAGACGAUAAGUGGAUGACCGUUCCUAAUACGGCAUACAUUAUAUCCACAGCUUAUAAAGUGGUGUUCAUGACCCUUGCUAUUAGUGGAUGUAACACUUUCUUCCCAUUGAGAGGAAGUGCAGACCCACCGGCACUCCACAAACGCAUUGCAGUUGCAUUUGUUAAUGAAAAUCACUUUAUUGGGGUUGUUCUUCGUGAUGGGCACCCAAUGCCGCUCACUGCUCACAUGUGGACAUAUCAUCGCAGGAAUGAGGCCAAGACAUGGGUUGAUCCCUAUUCUGCUCGAAUCGACACUUAUAGUGCAUAUCUUGCCGCUAAACAUGGUGGUGGUGAUCACUCAAGAAUAGACCUUAGUGAGGAUUAA